AUGGAAACUGAUCGACAAAGACUCUUUAGACUCCCCUUCAAGCUUCCCAGCUCAGCCAAGGCUCGGUCCAUAGGCGUAUAUAUCGCGGGUGCACUAUAUGCUAUCGGAGCGUGGUGUUUCUUGGAUGCUGCGAUAUAUUCCAGAAAAGCCAAUGGCUCAUCGGUGCACGUAACAUUUGUGGACUGGAUUCCUUUUAUUUGCAGCACUUUAGGCAUGAUAGUGGUUAACUCAAUCGAGAAAAAUAGACUCAUACAGGACGCAAUGGGAUCUGGUUCUUUCAGUGGUUCAUCGUCUAUGGCGUGGCAAGCGCGCGUGAUCCUCUUUCUGGGGUUCGCACUCCUAGCUGGUGGUAUCUCUGGAUCUAUCGUGGUGCUCAUUCUUAAAUUUUUGGUCAAAGACUUCACCUCUUACCCAACCCUUGGAAUGGGGGUGAACAACGUUGUGGGGAACUUCUGUAUAGCAUUGAGCUGUGUGAUUUUGUGGAUUGCACAAAACGUAGAAGACGAAUAUUCCUACUCUCUAACCCUUUGA